CACAACCAAAACAAAUCACAAAAAAAAAAAAAUGACCUCCUUGUCUAACGUUCCAAUCAGCUUCCUCCUCUUCUUCACCCUCUUCUUCAUCUCCUCCAAUGCAGCCACCUUCGAGAUCCGAAACGAAUGUCCGUACACCGUCUGGGCUGCCGCAAGCCCAGGCGGCGGCCGCCGACUAGAACGCGGCCAGAGCUGGUUUCUCAAUGUACCUGCAGGCACUGCCAUGGCACGUAUAUGGGGCCGAACCAAUUGCAACUUCGACGGCAGUGGCCGCGGCCGCUGCCAAACCGGCGACUGCGGCGGUGUCCUCGAAUGCAGAGGCUGGGGUGUUCCGCCUAACACAUUGGCCGAAUACUCUCUCAACCAGUACCAAAACUUGGAUUUCAUCGAUAUCUCCGUCAUUGAUGGUUUCAACAUUCCCAUGGACUUCAGCCCGACGUCCGGCGGGUGUCGGGGAAUCCGAUGCACCGCCGAUAUCAAAGGACAGUGUCCGGGGGAACUGAGGACAGCCGGAGGAUGCAAUAACCCAUGUACGGUUUUUAAGACGAAUGAGUAUUGCUGUACAAAUGGACAAGGAAGCUGUGGACCCACAUAUUUCUCAAGGUUCUUCAAAGAUAGGUGCCCGGAUGCUUAUAGUUAUCCACAAGAUGAUCCUACAAGCACAUUUACAUGCCCUGGUGGGACUAAUUACAGGGUUGUGUUUUGCCCUUUGGGGUCUCCUCAUUUUCCAUUGGAGAUGGUUGGAGAUGUGAAAGAGCAGUGAAGAGAAAAUGAAAUUGAAUAAUUAAUGCUGUUUGAGUUUUUUUGAGUCUUAAUUUUUGUUUUUUUGUUUUGUUUUGUUUUUUUUUUUUUUUGUUUUUUUUUUGUUUUUUUUGGUUUGGGGGUUUUUUGUUUCUCUCAAUGCGCUCGAAUAUGUUGUACUCUCCUGUUGUCCGGAUUGAGCUUAGGUGUAUUAAAUAAUACAUGCCUUGAAAUAAUUACAUGGAUAUAAAGGAGACU